AUGGAAGACCUUCCAAUGACCGAUACACAUCCCUUUAUCCAUAAAAGCAAUCCAAGUGUCUCAUCUGGAAACUUUGGCGGAUUUGCCCCGUUUGGUGCUACCGCACGAUCCCCAACAGAGGAAAGCGAGCAGAGCGUGAAUGAUUCUGGACCUUCAACACCUAUACACGACCUUGAAUCGCGUGAUAACAACGAUGAGAAACGUAUCAUCAAGCCAUAUGCCGUUGAGGAGCCCGAAGACGAACCCGAGUCCUACACGCCAAGUCUGGAUGUAUUACGCCUUCCAGAUCGAUUCGAACGAUGGCAGCGCGAUUUGUCGGACUAUAUAAAAGACCUGAAGUACCAAGCGGAUGGGCAAAAACUUGACUCAGUUUCUAUAGUACGAAAGAAAGGACUAAAGAGAAAGUCGGCUGAUACCGCAGCUCUUGGACAACAUUGCUCCCCGCCCUUUGAACGAAACGUAUUCUCAGAGAGGCAUCAAGCUUGUUCUCAGUCCACUAAAAGGAGAAGAUGCAACAUACCGUCACAGGAGCAAUCCUACUCUGGAGAGUUGUUUGAUACCUUUCGCGAAGCCAAGGGGAACGAAAGUUCAAGUUCUGAGACACAAUCGACGGAUUUUAGCGGCGUCAAUACCCUUGAUAACUCGCCUAUGGCCGAUGAAAUGGAUAUUGACUAA